ACUAUGUAAUAAACAUGGAUGGUUUCCUUUAUAUAACACACACACUGUGACAUUACAUCCAUCUCUCAGAGGCUCCCUCUGGGUUUCCUCAGGCUGUGAAAGGGGGACCCAGAGAAGGAAGAGGAAGGAGGAGGAGGGGGAGGAAUAGAAGGCGGAGGAGGAGGAGAAUGGAUACAGAGUGACGACGGUAUCACAGCUUUAUCAGUAGGUUAGUUUCACGCCAUCCAGCAGGGUAAACACACGGAGGGAGUACCUCACUUACAGCGGAGUGGAAGAGCACACCUUUGCGGAGCACCGUCUGUCGCACCGCCACCUCCUUCUUCUUCUUCCUCUUCUUGUCGCUGUUUGGGAGGAAGAAGGGCGAGGAUACUAUCAUGGCUUCAGUUUCUUCACAGAUCUCAGGACUUCAGACAGAUGAGGAGGAUAACAGAAUCCUGAAGGUGAAAGUCAUUGCUGGAAUUGGACUGGCCAAAAAGGAUAUUCUUGGAGCCAGUGAUCCCUAUACCAGACUGUCCCUCUACGAUCCUGUCACUGGAGAGAUCGCAAGCCUUCAGACCAAAACCAUCAAAAAGACACUGGACCCCAAGUGGAAUGAAGAAUUUUUUUUCAGAGUUGAUCCCAAGAAGCAUCGUCUGCUGUUUGAGGUGUUUGAUGAGAACCGGCUGACACGUGAUGACUUCCUCGGACAGGUGGAUGUCCCCUUAAAUCAAAUACCGACAGAAAAUCCUAACACUGAAAGGCCAUACACAUUCAAGGAUUUUCUGCUUCACCCACGAAGUCACAAGUCCAGGGUUAAAGGUCAUCUGCGUCUAAAAAUGACCUACCUGCCAAAAAACCCAGGUUCAGAGGAGGAAACUGCAGAUCAGACUGAGGACAACGAUCCUGGUUGGGAGCUUCUGGAGGCGCAUGAUAUGUCAGGUCCCAGACAAAACCAGAUCCUGCCUCCUCUUCCUCCUGGCUGGGAGGAGAGGCAAGAUAAUCUGGGAAGGAUCUACUAUGUUAAUCAUGAAACCAGAACCACACAAUGGCAACGGCCCACCAUGCUAGACGGCAAUUUGGAAGUUCAACGAAGACAGAACAAUAAUACGGAUGCGGCGCAUGUUUUCAUAACACGCAGACAGAUCUCAGAACAUGAGGAUAGCACACAAGAGUCUCCAGAGAGCUGGGAGAUCAUUACAGAGGAUGAUUCCACCCAGUACCACAGUAGUAACCAGCACAGAUCACCUUCACCCCGCACCCCAGUGGAGUUCCACUCGCUGUGUGAUGAAAUGAGGAACGUUAACAUCUCUGCGGCCGCAGCUGGCGAGCAGCGCUCCUCCCAGAUUGAACACGGCAGUAAUUCGAGGCAUUCCAGUCGCAGAGGAAGUGCCCAGACCUCAACAGGAGAGGAACAUCCUGCUAAUCCUGUGCUGCUUCCAACCACAACUGGGUUACCUCCAGGCUGGGAGGAAAAGCGAGAUAGUAAAGGAAGACGCUAUUAUAUCAACCACAACAACCGAACCACUACAUGGACACGACCUCUUGUGCAGAGAACUUCAGAGGCAGCACCAGCACCAUCACCACCAUCACCAUCACCAUCAGCAGCACCAUCAGCAGCAGCAGCAGCAGCACAGAAUAGUGCAGGCUUAUCACAAAGCCCUACACCAUCCCAACCAUCAGCACCAACAGAGGAGUCUCCUCAGCACACUCCAAGCCCCGAGGCCUCACGAGAAUCUGGCUUCCUGCCGGUCGGCUGGGAAGUUCGCAGUGCACCCAAUGGAAGGCCAUUUUUCAUCGACCACAAUACCAAGACAACUACCUGGGAAGAUCCCAGGCUAAGGAUUCCUGUACAAAUGAGGAGGAGAUCCUCGCUUGAUCCUUCUGAUCUCGGCCCUCUGCCGCCUGGCUGGGAGGAGAGGGUCCACAGUGAUGGCAGGGUGUUCUACAUAGAUCACAACACAAAGAACACACAAUGGGAAGAUCCCAGAUUGCAGAAUGCUGCUAUAACUGGACCAGCAGUGCCUUACUCUAGAGACUACAAACAGAAGUAUGACUACUUCAAGAAGAAGCUGAAGAAACCGGCUGACAUCCCAAACCGCUUUGAGAUGAAGCUGAAACGAAAUGCAGUGCUGGAGGACUCGUACCGACGCAUCCUCUCGGUCAAGAGGCCAGACCUGUUGAAGGCGCGACUGUGGGUGGAGUUUGAUGGAGAAAAAGGACUGGACUACGGUGGCGUGGCCAGGGAGUGGUUCUUCCUAAUGUCCAAAGAGAUGUUCAACCCGUACUACGGGCUGUUCGAGUAUUCUGCCACGGACAACUACACGCUGCAGAUUAACCCCAACUCAGGUUUAUGCAACGAGGACCACCUGACCUACUUCAAAUUCAUCGGCCGCGUGGCAGGCAUGGCCGUGUUUCACGGCAAACUCCUCGAUGCUUUCUUCAUUCGGCCCUUCUACAAGAUGAUGCUGGGGAAGCCAAUCACCCUCCAGGACAUGGAGUCUGUUGACAGUGAAUAUUUCAACUCCCUGAAGUGGAUUUUGGAGAACGACCCAACAGACUUGGACAUGAGGUUUACUAUUGAUGAAGAGCUGUUUGGACAGACUCACCAGCACGACCUGAAACCCGAUGGCUCAGAGAUUGUCGUCACCAAUGAAAACAAGGAUGAAUAUAUCCACCUGGUGAUUCAGUGGAGGUUUGUGAACAGAAUACAGAAGCAGAUGACUGCCUUCAAGGAGGGAUUCUUUGAGUUGGUACCGCAAGAUCUGAUCAAGAUCUUUGAUGAGAAUGAGCUCGAGCUGCUCAUGUGUGGUCUUGGAGAUGUGGACGUGAACGACUGGAGAGCGAACACGAAGUAUAAGAACGGCUACUGCUCCAACCACAUGGUUAUCCAGUGGUUUUGGAAGGCGGUGCUGCUGAUGGAUGCAGAAAAACGAAUCCGGCUCUUACAGUUUGUGACGGGAACAUCCAGGGUCCCGAUGAAUGGCUUUGCUGAACUCUAUGGCUCUAAUGGACCACAGCUCUUCACCAUCGAGCUUUGGGGAACACGUGAAAAACUUCCUAGGGCCCACACAUGCUUUAAUCGGCUGGACCUUCCUCCGUACGAAUCCUUUGAGGAACUGAGGGAGAAACUUAACAUCGCUAUAGAGAAUGCACAAGGCUUCGACGGGGUGGAUUAGUGCAUACGUGGGAAAUGAGAUGAACUGACAUUGCUGUCAUCAGAGUAAAGCAAAGUUGCGUGAUGCUCCUGGGGAAAAAAUACAAAAACAACAAAAAAGCUGUGUAUCAGACUCAGGUUUUAACCUGCCGGCUGUGAAGAUGGACAGCAACAAGACUCACAUGAGUCCUCUGUCGGGGCCCACCUGAAGAAAGGACAUGAAAUCUGGAGUGACAGAGGUGGUUUUACGUCACCCUGUGUGUUGUAAAGUUUACAAAUCAGGUUAUCUUAGUAUUUAAUUCUCUGAUGCAAGUCGCUCAAAGAUGUAUUCACUCUUAUUUGUUCUGCGAAAACACUCAAAUAUUUAAAUAACUUGAUUCUGUGAAGCGAUAACAGUAUGUGAAUGUGAUUAACAGCUGUACAGUUUAUGAUAAAAAAUUAUCUUUUUAAAAAUGGACAUUUGAUUUAGUUUUAGUCACUUUUUGCUCAGCCAGAUGGAUAAAGACAGAUGUGUACACACAUCCUUUCAGUCACAUUGUCCUCUCUUAAUAACAUCAGUGUUUGUGAAACUGUAAAUACAUGAACAAGCUUUUCCACUGCAUCUUUAGACAUGAAUGGAUGUAACCACUCGUUUGUUUGUUUGUUUGUUUGUUUGUUAAUAAAACCACUGUUUGCACCUCAGGUUAUUUAAUUUGGCCAUUUAAAAAAAGGGUAGUUAUACCAAAUGUGAAAGUGAGGAACUGAUCAGAGAUGGCAAGGGAAGAGCAGGGAUAAGGAAAUGUUUUAUGUGAUGGACCCAUUUGUGGAAUCAAAAGCUGCAAGAAAAUCUGCAUCAGAAGAAAGGUGAAAGUUCAGGGGCAUGUUCAGAGUUAUUUAGAGUUAAUUAAUAAUAUUAUUAUGUGUUUCCACUUCAUCAAGCCCCAUUUUCUUUAUAAAAACAUUUGAAUUAAUAGUCUGAAUUACGCCUGAGGUGCACGCAAAACUCACUGCACAUUCUUUCUUUUUAGUAAACCGGAGUUCACGGCUUUUGUGCGUGCUUGUUUAUACAAUCAUGUUCAGCUCAUUUUGGGUCUUAUGUUGCCCUGUCACUUUCUUACAUUCAAGUCCUUCAUGCUCGGUGUACAAACUAUUACACUAUAGCAAAGCCAAGAAUUUAAUGCUUAAAAAAAAGCCAUAUUCGCCACUUAAUUUGUCUUCAUUGCUGUUAUACACUAAUUGGGUGUUUCUGUUCAACAGUUUAAAAUGUCCUUAAACAGCAAAAAAGAUUAAACAACUUUUUUUAAUUUAGUUUCUUUUUAUUUUUUAACUUUUUUUUUUUUUCCAUUCCAGUUUUUGUUUGUUUGUUUGUUUGUUUGUUUGUUUGUUUGUUCUUGUUUUUUGUUUGUUUGUUUGUUUGUUUUUUUUUAAACACUGAUGCAGUGUCCCAAAUAUAUAUAUGCAUAGACCUCAGAAGCAUUUCUAGCAGAAAAUGUGCAGGUUACAUACAAAUGUGAGCGACUGCCGUUAGUCAGUUUGGUAAAUCAUUGUGGUCGUGAUGUAUCAAUACCAGGACCAGUAACAGACUAAAUACGCUCUUGUCUGUGUGCAGAUCUGGAGAAGUGACUGUCUGCAGUGUUGGACUGUGCUGAUGUACUAUGCAUAACUGAACAUGCAAAUGUGACUGCAUUUGUUUAAACUCCCACUCGGGAGUUGCUCAUUGUUGUCGAACAGGUCUCGAUGCAUCUCUGCACUCGGUAUCUGUUCUUGUUCAUUCGACAGCUCCUCGUGCUCGAGUUCAACACUGUUUAUAAAGCAGAAGAAUAAAUAAAUGUACAUUUACCUUAGAGCGCCUUAGCUUUGCAUAAAUGUUAGUAGACAGACUGACUUAUACAGUUUUAAUACGGUGUGUUAGAUUUUAUGCUUUGACUUUUGUCAGUGAAUGACAUUUUGUCUUUUACUCAUCAAGGGUGUCUAAUUGCAGCAAAGUGCUCUAUUUUUAAGAGUGCAAUUUAAAAAAUAUAUAUAUAUUGUUGGUUGUUAAAAUGUGUACAGAUUGUUCUUUUCAAAAUUAAUUACUCGUAGUACCUUUUGUAUGCAGUUACUUUGAGAAAGUAACUGUGCUUAAGCCGUACUUUGAACUUUUUCUGAACGGUAAGACACGUGUUUACAUAACUGCCGUGUUUACAGGUCGGUGAUGAAAGGAAAGAAAAUUGUGGGCUGGUUUUUGUCUGACGUCACAGUUUUAUAUACCUAUUCUUUUAUAAAGUGAAGCACUUUGUUAAUAUUGAUGAGUCUUACUUCUGAAAUCUUUGCCAAUCUGUCGCCUGCAUAAACCGCUCUUUAAAAUCAUGAUCUGAUGCUUUAAGCGCACAUCUCUUCAGAUGUUUACAUGUGAGCAUUGCUGAGAAAAGCACAUUCUCUCCUUUCAAUGGUAUUUAAAUACCAAUGCCUUUUAUUUGUCAUGAGUCGUCGAAUUUGCUGGUCUAUGAAAUGAAUGGACAUCCUGUUGCCUACUGAAGACUAAUUAAUACAUACUUCAUUUUGGAUAUAUCAAACUUUGUUAUUGUAACACCUGUAAGUGCAUUAAAUCGAUGGCGUAUGUAAAACAUUUUAAAGGGCAGAACAAACUGUAGCUGUUAAAUCCCAAUGUGAUGGCCUAUAACACAGAAUAUAAAUGUAUGGGAAAAAUAAAGACAUGUAAAAACACUUA